GACAUUUUUUAUUAUUAUUUUUAAUCAAGCGUGUUUCGCGUCAGCACAUAAGACCCGAGAGUUGCUUUGGCUUACUGCAGGCAGCUGCGGAAUAAAUGAGGACAGUCAGAUUAUGUGAAACCUGCAUGGACCUGGUUUAAUUUAGAUUUCUUUUUUUAAAGACAUCCUAUGAUGUCCAGCCUGGUUCAAACCACCUCGGACAGUUUGUGUAAACUCGUCCGCUGGGCUCACAGCCACGGCACCAUCUGCAACCUCCUCCCCAGCUUGCAGCACAUCACCCAUGGCUCCUACAGCAAUGUGCUGACAGCUGAAUCUGGUCCGCACGGUGGCAGCGUCCCCAUUGCUGUGUGGGGCUGUGGGGCUGGACACGCCUACCACUGGCCCCUUGGUGAAAAUGCAAACACUUGUGGUGGCUCAGCCAGUACCAGACAAGGCCAGGAGAGGUUUGCUGGAGGUCGUCCAACCAGUAAGAUUGCAGUGAGAACAUCAUGUGACCUCUCCUAUAGUGAAGCGGCAUCAGAGGGCGAGGAGUUCAGUGGUCGGCUUUUUGACAUUGCUGCAUGUGAUUCAUCAGCCACAGAUGAGGAUGGCGACUAUGAGCCCCGGCCAUCUAGGAAAAGAGGCAGGGCCCAGGGAGGAGCCAUCGCGGCAAAGAAGGUCAAACAGGAAUCCGCCCCAGCAGAAGACGAUGACACUGGGCUCGCAGAGACAGACCCGGUCUGUGUUUUACAGACUCAUCAGACAUCACCAAACACAUACUCUCAAAUCACACAAACACUGUGGCCAAAAAAGGCUCUUUCAUCUUGCUGUCAGCCCCAGCAUGGACAACAUGUGGGGUGUGAGGGAUCGAUGGAUCCAGAGAUGGAGGUACUAAGAGGAGGCAGCUGCACAGCAGGGACCACAGAGCAGGCUGAGCGAUGCAGCUCUGCCACAGAGACUACAGAGAAGAACACAGGUACCAGCUCGCAUGUUUUCAUGCCGUCAGGGGAACAAAACAUAACGUUGUUUUUGUUUGUAAUUUUUUUGUGCGUCUGUAAAGCUGAAGAAGACGAGAGUGAGCUGGAGAAGCUGCGAGCAUUACUCUUGGCAGAACGCAGCCGAAACCAACAAAUGACAGAGAUGAUCUCCAAUUUGAAGCAGGACAAAGAGCUGCUGCAACAUGAACUCACGAAGAAAGCUGAACUCAUCUGUGACUUUCUGCAGGACAAACUGCGCCCCGAGAAGAGGUGGCCUCGAUGUUCCACUCAGAUGGAACCUGGAAGCUCACACAUGGCGUCCUCUGAUGAUGCAGCUGGGUUUGAUUUGCCAACGCUGUUUGACUCAUUUGAGGAAGUGGAGCUUCAUCCUCUAGAGCGCCAUCGGACCCCGAAGAGCAAGAGGAGCCGGGAUGGAGAAAACACUCGAGUCAGGAUGAAAAACGUGGUGGGUGUGAUAGCACGCUACAUGGCUGCCCUCCAGGAGUUUCGCCGCAGCGUCUCCAUGAAGGUGGCGUUUGACCGCAUCGGUGUGGACCGCAACACAAUCUCUCGCACGGCGGCCAUAGCAGAGCUCAGCCUGGCUGCUCCAGAGGUUUUUCACGCACUGGCACCAUGGGAUGAGAAGGAGGAGACGCUGGCACACUACGCCCACCGCUGCCGGCAGGCGAUGGACGACACCAUUAAGGCCAAGAUCAAAACAAUGAAGACAAAAGGAGAACUGUUGCCCAUUGUGUCAAAGUGACAGUUUCAUGUAUGGUGCUCACUCUGCCUGAGGCACAGGCCUACAAAACGUCUGCAUACUUUAUGUAUAACAAAAAAAAAAAAA